UUUUCAGUCACACUGAACAGACAUCUAUUCGUUUGCUUUCAUGUUUAUUUAGGUCCCUCCCAGAGGAGAUCUGCGUCUUACCUGCCAACUGCUUGAACAAAUUGCUUAUUAUAUUUCAGCGUCAUCGCGCAUCAGUCAUAUUUCAUUAUUUAUUUCACUGUUCAACUCCACGAGCCUCAUAAAAGACAGUGUGAGGAGGAAGGCUGGAGAACUGUGAUGUGUAAAUGGCAGAUGGAUGUGUGAAGUGUGUGCAGCAGUACAGUGAGCUAAGCGUUACUGUAGAAGACUCCACAACACUUUGACUGUGGCUUCUCGGUUGCCGACAUGACAACUUUUGAUUUUUCCGACGUGGAGGCAUUUUUGGAUUGCCAUCCGGAGCUUUUUGAGGAAUAUCUAGCCAGGAAGGGAAAAUGUGACACCCUGAGCAGGUGGCUCAAAGAGCAUCAGCCGUCCAAAACCUCUCCGGUGGAGGAGAAACGUGGGGUAGCGAGGGAUCCAUUCUGGCCCACGAACCCCGACGGACUGAAGCGCAGAUCGUCCCACAUGGAGCUCCGCAGGAACUUCGCCCGGUCCAAAGCGAUGACGGCGCACCGGACCUACGACGAGCACGUCAGUCUCACUGCUCACGAGUCCCAGUCGAGUAUGCGACGGCGAGCGCUCCUGCGGAAAGCCAGUUCGUUACCGCCGACCACCGCGCACAUCUUAAGCGCGCUGCUCGAGUCCAGGGUGAACGUGCCUCAAUAUGCCUCCAGCGCCAUUGACUACAAAUACAGACUCAAAGAGUCCAACGAGAGGGAGUUUUUCCUCGAACUGGUUAAGGACAUUUCUAACGAACUUGACAUGACGAACCUCAGCUACAAGAUUCUUAUCAAUGUCUGCAUCAUGGUAAACGCAGACAGGUGUUCGCUUUUCCUAGUGGAGGGACCGUCUCAUAAGAGGACACUAGUGUCCAAGUUUUUUGAUGUGCAUUCGGGUACGACGGUGCGACCCUCUUCAAGCACUCUGGACUCAAACGAGGUGCAGGUUCCGUGGGGAAAAGGCAUCAUAGGUUAUGUGGCAGAACAUGGAGAAACCGUCAACAUUCCGAACGCGUACGAGGACCAUCGGUUCAGUGAUGAAAUUGACAAGCUGACGGGCUAUAAGACUCAGUCCAUUCUGUGCAUGGCCAUCCGCAACAGUGAUGGUGAAGUCAUCGGUGUCGUCCAGGCCAUCAACAAGAACCCCAGCGGAACUCCCUUCACCGAGGACGAUGAGAAAGUGCUGCAAAUGUAUCUACCAUUCUGUGGAAUAUCGAUCUCCAACGCCAAACUCUUCUCUGAAUCCCGCAAGGAGUAUGAGAGGAGCAGGGCCCUGCUGGAGGUGGUGAAUGAUCUGUUCGAGGAGCAGACGGACCUGGAGAAGAUCGUGAGAAAGAUCAUGCAGCGUGCGCUGACGUUGCUGCAGUGUGAGCGCUGCUCGGUGCUUCUGCUAGAGGACAUCCACUCUCCCGUAGUGAAGUUCUCCCAGACGUUUGAGCUCAUGUCUCCACUGUGCAGUGUUGAUCAUGACAUCAGCAUGGAGAAAGUGUCUUGCUCAGACUGGCUGAUCAAUAACAGCAUUGCUGAGUUGGUAGCAUCAACCGGGCUGCCUGUUAACAUUAGUGACGUCUGUCAGGAUCCCCGCUUUGAUGCUGAGGCGGACCAGGCUUCUGGUUUUCAUAUCAGAUCAGUUUUAUGCGUCCCCAUCUGGAAUCGGACACAUCAAAUCAUUGGCGUUGCCCAGAUUCUAAAUCGCUUGGACAGGAAGACAUUUAAUGAUGCAGAUCAAAGGUUAUUUGAGGCAUUUGUUAUUUUCUGUGGUCUUGGCAUUAACAACACAAUGAUGUAUAACCAGGUGAAAAAGACUUGGGCUAAGCAGUCUGUGGCUCUAGAUAUGCUGUCCUAUCAUGCUACAUGCUCCAAGGCAGAGGUUGAUCGCCUGAAGGCUGCUAAGAUUCCCCUAAGCAGUGAGCUCGGGAUCGAUGAGUUCCACUUUAAUGACUUUUCUCUGGACAACGACGCCAUGAUCACUGCCUCCCUGAGGAUGUUUUUGGAGCUUGGUGUCGUGCAGAAAUUCAAAAUUGAUUAUGAGGUGCUGUGCCGCUGGCUGCUAACCGUGAGGAAGAACUACCGCACCGUAGCCUACCACAACUGGAGGCAUGCCUUCAACGUCUCGCAGUGCAUGUUUGUUAUGAUCACCACUGCUGGCUUCCAGGAGGUGCUGACAGACACUGAGACUCUCGCACUUAUGGUUGGGUGUUUCUGCCAUGACCUGGACCAUCGUGGCACAAACAAUGCCUUUCAAGCAAAGUCUGGGUCAGCACUAGCGCUGCUGUAUGGAACAUCUGCUACACUUGAGCAUCAUCAUUUCAACCACGCCGUUAUGAUCCUGCAGAGUGAGGGCCACAACAUUUUUGCUAAUCUGUCCUCCAAAGAGUACAGCAACAUGAUGCAGCUACUGAAACAGGCCAUUCUGUCCACAGAUCUCACUUUGUACUUCAAAAGAAGAACCAAGUUCUUUGAGUGUGUUUUGUCUGGACAGUUCAGUUGGAGUAAUGAAGAACAUAGAGACAUGUUUAGGUCUAUGCUGAUGACUGCGUGUGACUUGGGUGCAGUGACUCGACCAUGGGAAAUCUCAAAACAGGUCGCUGAAUUGGUGACCAGUGAAUUCUUUGAACAAGGUGACAGGGAGCGUUCAGAGCUGAAGUUGACACCAGCUGCCAUUUUUGAUCGUAAUCGUAAAGAUGAGCUUCCUGUGCUUCAGUUGGAAUGGAUUGAUGGAAUUUGUAAGCCAUUAUACGAGGCUCUUGUGAAGUUGAAUAGGAAGCUUCAGCCAAUGGUAGAUGGAAUUGAUGCCAACCGGAAAAAGUGGGCGGAGCUUUGUCUGUCCUAUCAGCAAACGCGGAGAGCCUCUGAAUGUAUCUCCAGUCUGGAGGCAGGAGAGACAGAAUCCUCUCAGAGUUCAGUCUCCACCCACGAGCCAGAAUCAAGUCAGAGUGAGGCGACCAAUCAGAGCGAAGACUCCACCCACUGUGUGGAGCCAAACCAAGCCACAGUAGCCAAUUACAAAUAAGAGGCGUGGUGUGGGGAUUAAAGGACGGCCUACUGAGUCUGAGAGAUCCAAAAGUAUUUGUCUGCCGAACCUCUUAUACGUAAAAGAUUUACUUGAAGUACCAACUGAGAUUUUAAGUUACACAUUUGCAUAUUCACAAUUAUCUGAUAUAAUAACUUUAUUUAACAAAACUGAGAUCUUUUUUUCAGUGGAUGUUUUAUUUUGUAUUUAUUUUUAAAAAAUUACACUCUUAAAAACAAAAGUGCUUCACGACGCCAUAGAAGAACCUUUUUUGUUUAAAUGGUUCCAUAAAGAACCUUUAAUAUCUGAAGAACUUUGUGGCGAAAGACGGUUCUUCAGAUUAUAACAUGGUAAGAAAGAUAUGGUUCUUUUAAAGAACCUUUGACUGAAUGGUUCUUAGUGAAACCAAAAAUUGUUCUUCUAUGGCAUUGCGGUAAAGAACCUUUUAAAGCUCCUUUAUUUUUAAGAGUGUAUAUACAAAUUAUAUUGCAUUAUUUUGUCAUAUAUGCCAGUUUUAAAAAUAAUAUGACAUUUCAUCUCAUAUGAAUGUUUUAUAUUGCUGCUGCUGAAACCAAGACCUCUUUCAAGAUCUUUAUUAUCAUUAUUACCAUAAUUAUUAUUAGUAGUUUUAACACAAAUGAUAAAAAUAAAGGCAUAAAUAAAUGAUAAUUUUAAAAACGUUUUCAUUUUACACAUCUAAAUUGCAGCCUUUGAUUUGAUAAUGACACUAAGCCCCAUUUGCAGCCCCAUUUAUUUAUUUAAAUUUUAGGUUUGAUUUUAUUUAUUAUUAGCUUUUCAUCAACUUAUGAAGCCCCUGCAAUUCCCUCAUGUACCCCCAGGGUUUUGCAAAACUUACAUGUGAGAAACACUGGACCGAGUAAUGAGAACUGUGACAACCUUGCUAUGUUUAUAUAUAUGGAAAAAAAAACUACCUUUUUUAAUGUGGGCUGCUUUGAGAUUGACAAUAUUUCUAAUUAAAUUAUUUCAGGCAUUUACAGCACAAUUUAAAAGCACUAAAAUCUCUGGUUUUAAAAAGGAAAUGUUUAUUAAAAUCCCAUAUUUUUGAGAUUUUAUCUCAGAAAAAAAUAUAUGUGACAAAACUGUGAAUAUGUGCAGAAAAUUCAGGUGCACAAGAACUGAAUGUGAGAUUUAGCAGUAAAGUGUUUCAAUGCUCAGAUGUUGUUCAGUGAGUCUGUGUUGCUAUAUCGCAAGUUUGCUUUCACAAAGUCUGGCAUUACGUAAAUAUAAAACAGAGUUACUGAUAGGAUUUCUAUGCUUGCGAUGCAGAAACUGAGCAUUGAUUUGAUGAAUGUAUAAAUGAAUAUCACUGUGAUCUUUUGCUGUUGUUUCUUUAGACUUGCAUGGAAGCACUGGAACACUGUUAUAUCUGCUGAUUGUGCUAUAAUUUUAUAUUAAACAUGCAUACGCAUUGUUUAAUGUUUGUGUAUGCAUUCGUAGUCUUAUGUCCCUGUCAAUCAGGCUACAUUACUACAACAUUCACUGCUAAAAAAAUACAGUAAAUGUAUAUUAAUUGCACAUGAUCACAUAUCAGCUGUUUAAAUGGCAAACAGAAGAUAAUCCAGAAUGAAUGUGAAGUCAUCUGUCUUAAAACAGCUAUUAGGCAUACGUACUUGAUAGCUGAUUCCUAAGAUGAACCAAAGUCAAUUGUCACAAUACUAAAAUCCUGAAUUUGUUGCAUGCAAAACUGAAACCUGUUGUUGGCAUGUGAGCUUCAGUGUUUAAUUUUGUUAUGUUACAAUUAUGUGAAAUUUAUUGUAUUUUUUGAAUGCAUUACAAAUGCCAUGAAAUGCAUGCUGCAUAGCUUUGACAACAGCAGCUUUCUCAUUAUGCUCUUUCAGUUCAGUCUGUCUGCCUUAUUUAAAAGAAAUGUAAUUAUUUUUGCAUUUAUUAUGAAUUGACAUUUCAAAAAGAAAAGAAAAGGAAGCCAUUUAUAUUCAUACACUAAAAAAGAAGGCCUGAAACUGCUUUAUAUUUUAUUAGCUAACAUAAAAUGUUCAUAUAUCUAUGGAAGCUUGUUUCCGACCCACAGGAUUAAAAAAAAUAAAAAAAAUAAAAGAUAAUUGCAACUUUUUCUUUCACAAUUAGGCCCUUUUUAAUCACAAUUCUGUGAUUGUUUAUAUAUUAAAAAUCACAAAAAUCAAAAUUGCAAGAUAUAAAAUCAGAAUUGCGAAUAUAUAUUCUGAGAAAAAAACUUUUGAGAUCUAAAAGAAUUUUGAGAUAUUGUAAUUGUAAGAUAAAAAACUAGCAGUUAACUUUUUUUAAAAUUCUGUGGUAAAAAAAUAAAGAAUUGUGAGAUGUAAACUUAGACUUGCGAGAAAAAAAGUCAGAAUUCUGCAUUAAUACACUACACUGUAAAAAACAAUUUGUUGAGUCAACUUAAAAUCAUUUGUAACCUGGCUGCCUUAAAAUUUUAAGUUCAUUCAACUCAAAAAAAGUUAAAAUUGAAAUGUUAAAUUAUACUAAGUGACAGCUUAGAUAUUUGAGUUGAAUCAACUUAAAUUUUAAGGCAGCUGGGUUACUUACCCAUCUGUUAAGUUUAGCAAACACAAAUAUCUAAGUUGUUACUUAGUACAACUUAACAUUUCAAGUUGAAUAAACUUAUUUUAGCUGACUGAACUUAAAAUUUUAAGGCAGCAGGGUAACAAAUUAUUUUAAGCUGACUCAACAAAUUGUGUUUUUUAUUUUUUACAGUGUAUUUCGCAAUUCAAAAAUUAUAUCUUGUAAUUCUGCUUUUUUGUUUGCACCAGUGGAAUACAAAAUAAAAUUAACAGUGACUUUUUUUUCUUAGAAUUGCGAAAUAAAGUCACAAUUACCUUUUCUUAUUUAUUGUUUUAUUUCGUCACGACAAAACAGGCCUCCACAUAUAUCAUAUUUGGUGCCUCAAUGUAUCUCUCUUAGAGAGAUUCUCAUCCUGUAUUUAAUGGAUCAUAUAUCCGUCAAAUGCCACAUGAAUGACUAUGACAUACUGUGCAGUUUGUAAGGGGUACACAGGGUCUUUUCUUGCCAGACUGAUUGCUGGUCAUUUUCCUCAGGCUGUUUUGUAAAUAAAGAACACUGUGAUGCAA